AAAUAUGGAUGUCUUUGAAUCUAAACCAAAAGAUAAGUUUUCUCUCGGCGCAAGUGAAGAAUACGGAUGACGUGUCAUGGACUAGUAGACAAAAUAAAUGGGGAAAAAGAGGAAGGACAAUUCUUAUAGCGACCUUGCUAAGUCUGGAGUCAAGACAUAUGGAGUAUAACCAGAUUUAGCUGUGCAUAAGUUUGGACCAUCUCAAAUGGCAAGGCCUCAGGUCACCAUCACUUUGGGCCGCUCUGGUCAAGUGGUUAAGCGAUCAUCAGCUUCUCAGGGUAAUGGUUUCAGUCAACAGUCAUCGUCAAGAGGCAAAAGGUCAUUAGGAGAGACCUAUAGGACUGACUCUGAGGAUCCUACCAAAUCCCUUCGUAAACGUGUGCGAGGGGAUAAAGAUGCAGGAGGUUCCAGAUAUGGCAGACAGAAUGGUGCACGCAUUGGGAAAAAUGACCUCCGACUGAAACUAACGCACAGAAGAAGGCAAAGGGAAAUUCUUCUGCAGAUUGAAGAAAGAAAAAGGGAGCAGCAUAAGAGGAUGACAAGAAGUGUUCAAUCUGCAGAACAAUCUCACAGGAGGCUUGUCACCAGCAGCCAACCGUCGUCAGGAGCUAGCGAAUUGCUUCAGAUAGAGGCAAUUAGAUCCUCCUAUACAUCACAAACUGCUGGUGGUGUUAGACCAAGAUCCCCUUAUAGACUUGCAAACGAUUCUAAAGAACUCUCUUCUUCAAGGAAUAUCACUGCAGCUCAGCAUGUACCAUCAGUAAGGCCAGCUGAAGCUUCAAGAAUGGUUCAUAUGGCGGGAAAUGACCUCAUCGACUCUUCUCAGCUAAAAGUCCUUACCCCUGUGACCAUGAGGUCACCACUGGCUGCCAGGAAUCCAUUGACAGGUCUUCCCUCUGCAAAUGGAAGCAUGCUACAAAGCCCAUAUCCUGAUCAACCUCCUGUGACCGUAGCCAGUCUAUUAAAUUCGCUCGGUUUGGGGAAGUACGCUAUCCACUUUCAAGCCGAGGAGGUAGACAUGGCUGCACUGAAGCAAAUGGGGGACCGUGACCUGAAGGAACUAGGGAUACCAAUGGGACCCAGGAAGAAGAUUCUACUGGCUAUGCUUUCCCAAACUAGAAGGCCUGUGUAAUAUGGUAGUUUUAUGUGUUCAAUGCAAUGCUCCUCUAUUGUUUUUAAGCUGAAGUUAUCAAACUGGCUGUUCUUGGGAAAUGUAUAUAAAGGGUAGCGGUAAAAUGCUCGAGUAUUGGAAGAAUGUUUGUUGUAUAAAAGACAGUAUAUAACAGUGAAAUUAUCUCUUUCGUUUAAAUGUUUGUUGUAUAAAAGACGGUAUAUAACAGUGAAAUUAUCUCUUUCGUUUUUGGGGCGAGGCUGA